AUGGCACAGAGAAUCAGUGAUUUGUCUGAUGAGUUGCUGAUCAAGAUAAUAUCGUUUCUUCCGACAAAAGUUGCUGUCUCCACAAGCAUUUUGUCGAAACAAUGGCAGUUUCUUUGGAUGUGGUUGCCUAAACUCGAGUUUAACGACUACUCAAUAAUCGAUGAUCCUGACUCUAUCUUGAGGUUUCGGGAUUUUAUCAACAAGAAUCUGCCGUUACAUAAAUCUGCCGUUAUCGAAAGCUUGCUCCUCAGGUUUUGUCAAAGUACAUUACAGCCUGAGAAUAUCAAGCUUUGGGUUGGGAUCGCGGUGUCUCGCCUUGUGCGUGAGCUAAGUAUCGGCUAUUUUUGCUUCGGUGACGAACCUGAUGUACCACUGCCGAGUGGUUUGUACACAUGCAAUUCGCUCACGACUUUGAAACUUGAAAGCCCAAAGCUUGUUUUGGAUGUUCCUCGAGUUGUUUGUCUCCCUUCCUUAAAACCUUGA